AGAAGGAGGAGGAGAGAGGGAGAGAGAUGAACUGUCACACCGAGCACAGAUUAAACAGAAACCUCUCAGCUACAGACACAAACCCCUUCCCCCUGCCCAAAACUAGACUCCUUACCCCUCCUUGCUCAUUCCACAAAUCCUCCACUUCCUAAUCUGUGCUUCACCUGGAUUUACUCACAUUAACUGGAGAAAGUCUGCAGAGCUCCCAGAUCAAACCAUGAAUUUUCAAUCAGCAUGGCCAUGCCCAGCCUGGGCCGUUAUGACCUCCUUGUGGGUUAUUUUGAGUUUUUCAUCGUUAAGCAAUGCUCAGACCACCACAGCAGUUCCUUCUGGAUGUGGGCAAGGUUUAGAUCCAAUUUACUACUAUCUCUGUGAUCUCUCUUCUGCCUGGGGUAUUGUGUUAGAGGCCAUUACCAGCGCUGGCAUUGUGUCUUCUUUCAUCCUUAUCAUCGUCUUAGUAGCCAGUACGCCUUUCAUUCAGGAUCCGAGGAAGAAAAGCAUACUUGGGACUCAGAUCUUCUUCCUAGUGGGAACAACUGGACUUUUCUGCUUAGUCUUUGAUAUAAUUGUCAAACAGAACUUCUCCACUUGUGCAUCACGGAGGUUCCUAUUUGGAGUUUUCUUCGCUAUGUGCUUCUCCGCCUUGUGGUCGCAUGGAAUCAGCCUCAAUUGCCUUGUGCGAAGAAACAGAGGACCCAAUGGCUGGUGGGUGUUUUUGAUUGCUCUCUGUCUUACACUGGUCGAGGUUAUUAUCAACACAGAGUGGCUUAUUAUCACCAUUGUGCGCACAGCCAGUACACUGGGACAACCAUGCGCUAUUGCCAAUCAGGACUUUGUUAUGGCGUUAAUCUAUGUCAUGUUCCUCAUUCUGGCUGGGUUUGUGACUGCCUGGCCAGCAUUUUGUGGCCGCUAUGGUCACUGGGGCAAGCACGCCAUCUUCAUUCUGAUCACCCUCUUCCUGUCCAUCUGCAUUUGGAUAGUGUGGAUUGUUAUGUACGUAUAUGGGAAUAUUCAGCUCAACAAAUCUUCGUACUGGGAUGACCCCACGUUGGCCAUUGCUCUGGUCUCUAACGCCUGGGCUUUUAUCUUCUUCUAUAUAAUCCCGGAGAUCUCUCAGUUGACCAAGCCCAAUCUGGAACAGACAUUUGAGGAGGAAGGAUACCAAGCUCGUGGUGUGGGCUAUGAAACCAUCUUAAAAGAACAGAUUUCCCAAAGCAAUUAUGUAGAGAACAAAGCCUUCUCCAUGGAUGAGCCAGCCGGUGCAGCAAAAAAGCCCAUGUCCCCUUACAGCGGCUAUAACGGGCAGAUGCGAGGCAGUGUCUACCAGCCCACGGAGAUGGCAAUUAUGAACAAGAAUACGUCGGAGGGUCCGUACGAUGUUAUAAUUCCCCGAGCAACUGCCAACACUCACCCAGCUUCUAGUGCAAAUGCAACCAUACGGGCUGAUGAUGCUUAUGUGCCACACAACAGAAAUAAUGCAUCCAAUAACAUACAGUCUCAAUCGCCAUACACCAAGUGGUGAAAUCCCACCAACUACGCCAAUUGUCGAAAUCCGUGAUGGGCCCUCUCUUACUUUAUGUACAAACCAUGUUGGCAAGGGUGCCGAAACUGGGGGCACCGUGCUGUACUAACCUAUAGGACUUCAUUAUUCUCCAGCUGAUUAUCUUUGAUACAAUAUUUUCCUAACAUGUCAAAUUAUGGGUUACUGAUGGCUGUUUAUCAUAAGGACUUCUCGAGCACUGUUUAAAUGUUACUGUUUUUGAUACAGACUGAGAUCUAGCAUUUAAUAUCAACAUUCUAAAUCAAUACUGAUACAUUCAAUUCUAUGUACAAUCAGCCUUAAAGUUACAAACAAAUCGUUAACUAGUAAACACAGUACCGGCCCCUGGCAGAGUCACAUUUAGUGAUAUGAAGUCUUUAUGACGUUACAUUAUGCAGCUGUACUGAGUUACACACUUUGCACAAAUGCCUUUAAAUUAAAAAGGUUUAUUUUCAUGCCCCUCUGGUAGUAAGAGGGUAAAAUGCUGCUCCCCUAUGCUACUGAAUCUUUAGUGUCUUUCGUACAAAUCAGUCCUAUAAGUCCUUAGAUUUCACCUGUAUGUCAGCUACAGCUCCCCUCCCAAGUGCAGAGUCAAGUAAGGUAUAAAUUUAUAUUUUUGUGUAUAUUUUAUUUACAUAACUUUGUAUAUAAAGAUUAUUGUUUUUACACUUUGUGUGUGUGUGUGUGUGGAUGUGUUGUGUUUUGCAUGAGUGCGCUUGUCCUGUCUCUAAAGAGUAACCUGUCACUUCCUAGGAAUUAUAACAUUGUGUUUAUUGAUUCACUAUAUUUAAAACAUUAUUAUGUGGUUGUGAAGUCAGAAAAAUAAAAUUAAAUGUUGAAAUCUUCA